AUGAGUGAGGGUGUAAAGAGAUCCUCUUCAAAUGGCUUUCAGAAGCCUUUGACAACUGAAGACCAGCAGGCAAAGGUCAAUGAAGUGAGAAGGUUGGUGGGGCCACUGCCAGAGAAGUUCUCCAUUUAUUGUUCUGAUGCGUCAAUUGCAAGAUAUCUAAGGGCACGGAACUGGAAUGUCAAGAAGGCACUCAAAAUGCUGAAAGAAACCUUAAAAUGGAGAGCAACAUACAAACCAGAAGAGAUUCGCUGGGAAGAGGUUGCUCAUGAAGCACAAACAGGGAAAAUCUACAGAUCUAAUUAUGUUGACAAGCAUGGAAGAACAGUUCUUGUCAUGAGACCUAGUUGCCAGAACUCCAAUUCAAUUAAAGGACAAAUUAAGUAUUUGGUGUAUUGCAUGGAGAAUGCCAUUUUAAAUUUGCCACCAGACCUGGAGCAGAUGGUCUGGCUGAUUGAUUUCAACGGUUUCAAUUUAUCGCAUAUUUCAUUGAAGGUGACACGGGAAACAGCCAAUGUUUUACAAGAUCGUUAUCCGGAGCGCCUGGGUCUGGCAAUUCUGUACAACCCUCCAAAGUUCUUUGAACCAUUCUGGAUGAUGGCAAAAGCCUUUCUAGAGCCUAAGACUUACAAUAAAGUCAAGUUUGUUUACUCUGAUGACAUCAACAGUAAGAAAAUAAUGGAAGAUCUAUUUGAUAUGGACCAUCUUGAAUCUGCAUUUGGUGGAAAAGAUAGUGUAGGUUUUGAUAUAAGUAAGUACGCAGAGAGGAUGAGGGAGGAUGACAAGAGGAUGCCUUCUUUCUGGACAAGAGCGAGUUCUCCCUCAGCAGCACUACAGCCAGACCUGACAUCUACUGCUUUGGACUCGCUUAACUUGGACUCAGAUUCUGUUCCUUCUGACAAUGAUCAAACAGAAGGUUCCAUGCCUCAUGGAAUAGAUUCAGAAACUGUUUCCUCUGAUGAAAAUACCCUAGUGACUGAUGUUAGCAAGAAAGAGUCAGAAGAUCCACAACAAUCUGAAGUUGUGAAACCUGAUGACAAAGCACAUGCGUGA